UGAAAAUAUUGCAAGAAAUCCAUGUUUUCUCGCUGUCUGGGAUAGUGAGUAAGUGGUGUACCCGCACUGACCUCACCACAUUGGCGCAUGCGCCACCCACUGGCAGUCAAGUCUUCAUUGGUCGCUUCUCGCCCCGCCCAUAAUGAGUACCCCGCCCCCAUUGGUACAUAUCAUCGUGACGUAAUCACUUAUCUUCCUGCGAGCCAAUCAUGUUGGGUAGCUAGGCGGUGACGUCAUAAAGUGCAGGGGAUCAAAACCGGUGCCCGUGUUUACAACCAGUUAGUCACACGCGCACCUGUUGAAGGGUAGCAGGUAACCACGGAGGCCCGCGCCCGUUGCACGUGCCCACAUUCGCACGCGCUACCUCAGGUUCUCGUGUGUUAGUAUUGAGAAUGUUGCCAGGACUGUGCAGUAGUGAGGAGUGCCGUGAUGAAGCCACGGGACAAUAUGUUUUUGGCUCAAUGCUUGUCAGUGAUAACUCUGUCACCCCGUACUCUGACGCCACACAGACAAAGAAACAUCCGCCCAACCAUGUGAAGCGUCCUAUGAAUGCCUUCAUGGUGUGGUCACAGCUGAAGCGACGGCAGAUCGUCUCGCAGACGCCGGACAUGCAUAAUGCUGAGAUCUCCAAGCAGCUGGGGCGCUGCUGGAAGCUGCUGGCUGAAGAACAACGGAGGCCUUUCCGAGAAGAAGCUCAACGGCUCAAGAUUCUUCACCGCUUGGAAUAUCCAGACUAUAAGUACCGUCCGAGGAAGAAGAACGCACGGACCUGCCAGCCUCCUCUGCUCUCUGUGGCUAAGGGUGGCGAUACGCUGAGGGGCGUGGCUGGCGGAGGUGGUGGUCGCGUCUGUAAGUUAAGAGCCCAAGAGACUUCUCACCCUCUUCCAGCCCAUUCUGCAACCGUCAGCAAAAUGCGAGAAUGCCUUUUUGUCUCUAACCUCAAGAAAAUGGCAAAGAUGGGUGCUCCUCUCGGGUCCCCCACAGCACCGCUGGAAGAUGAACCCCUUGUGAAACUCCACAACACUCACCAGCCUACUACCCCUUCACACGACUUUCCAGAUUCUCCAGAGAGUGCCAGAACAUUUGAAGAGCGUUCAUCUCAUGUUAUUAAGUGGAAUGCCAAGUCUGAAAAUUCCACUAACCAGUUAUGUCCCCAAGUUGGUGAACCCGAAGGAGAAUUUGGAUGGCCUAAUUAUUUCUUGAGCUCCUCAGCUGUAAUAAAUCAAGAUAUUAAUGAUCUUCCUGACGACCCACCAACUCUCGCUGAUUUAGACAAUAUAGGAAUGAUGGAUUUAGUGCCACUGUCACCUGAUCUCUCCUUUGAUCUCAAUAGUCUGAGCUCUGACAUUGACAUCUGGACGACAACUGACUGUGACCCAGUAGAGCUCUGUAACCAUCGAGACUUGGCCACACCGCCAACACCAUCGGCAAGAGUUGGACACGAUGGAUCUCAGCCUGAGUGGGACGAUGGCAUCGAUUCUUUUGUCGAAAGCUUACAGAUUACUUACCAGCCUCUUCAAGUGACGAAUUGCUCUUCCGUUCCGCAGUCGGCUGCGUCAACUGCGGCGCCUGCGUCAGCAUGGCUUCGUCCAGCUUUAGAGGCGUCUUACUCUUUAGGAGACCCAACAAGAUGAGCGCUCUGCCUCAGUUCUUUGCUCUCACUUUGCUGUUUGGCGAGCUGGACUCUGCCACUUCACCGACCCUCUGUGAACAUCUGGUAAUUACACCGCAACAUAUCCACCAAUUCUAGCAAGAAGCUACGGAGAAUGAUCAUCACUGGAUGACUCUGAUCUCAAACUUUGGCCAAAAAUCUUGAAAAUGUGUGAUUUCUGUCUCUGUUCAACCAGCAUUGUUUUCCUUCUGGACAAAGAAGAAAGAAGCAUUUCUUCCAUCGUGUUGGUCCAGAAGUCCUAGGCUACUGUAAUUUUGUAUCACCCGUUCUCACUCUUCAGCCUCGCUCAUAUCCCCCUAUACAGUGACGUCCUCAGGUUGUCUCAGUAUAUUGGCCACAAGUUCUCAUAUUUCUGUGAUAAAAAAGAAAAAAGUGAAAUUCUAGUCUUUUUUUCCAGUCGGUGCAGUUCUCUCUGGAAUUUCCUUUGAGGCUUUACUUCGUUGAGGAAUGUUUACACGAUCUGUUUAUUCAGAUGAGGAAAUGAAAUGAGUCUAGUGAGUAACCUGGCAUCAGAACCCUGGCAUCCAGGUGAACUUAGGAGAGUGUGAUGGUGAACCAUCUGAAUAUUUGAUACCUGUGUACCUAUUUUCUUAAUAGUAAUGUUCAGAUGUUUAUUGUGCGCUCAGCUUGAACGGACAAUAAAAUAUUCGUGAUUCAAUAUGUGGGAGAUCAACAGUGUUGUAUCUCCCUGUGUAUGUUAAUUUUUAUAAGAGUUUUUAUGACGCUGAUUUUUUGUAUAUGUAUAUAACAAUAGAAAUUCUUAUACUUUUACCACGUUGUGAAAAUGAAUGAAGCAGAAUCAUGAGGGAGAAAGAUGCCAGUGUUAAGUUAUAAUUUAAAGAAUCUGUAGUAUUUACCGCAUUUAUUUUACCAUACACAGAGCUUCUUGAUGCUUUGUUCAUUGUAUACAACUAUGACGUCUCUGUUGACUCUAAAAUGCGGUCAAUUUGUGUUGGUUAUGUUGCCUUCUCUGGUAUCUGUGACAUUGUUGGGAUUUUUUCGACUCAUAACUUUGUGAGGAAUACUGACUUGUUGGUUAA